AUGGAUUACUCCACAGAGUAUGCUCCUAAUAUUCUUUUUAUCCUUACAGAUGACCAGGGAAAACUCGUCGGUGGCUUGGACCACAUGCCUAAACUACAAGAAAACCUCAUUCAAAAAGGAGCAACAUACCCCAAGCACUAUUGCUCUGUAGCACUAUGUUGUCCAUCCAGAGCCAACCUCUGGACAGGUCGCAUGCCGCACAACACCAACAUUACUGACGUUGGCUUACCAUACGGUGGAUACCCCAAGGUAGUCAGCGCGGGGUGGAACGACAACUACCUACCAAUUUGGAUGCAAGAGGCCGGAUACGAUACCUACUACGUCGGCAAGCUCUGGAAUUCACAUACGGAAGACAACUACAACAAGCCUUACGCAAAGGGGUUCAAUGGCUCCGACUUCCUGCUCGACCCAUGGACCUACCGGUAUUACAACGCCAAAAUGACACGUAACGGGGAGAAGCCCGUCAGCUACGCUGGCCAAUACUCGACAGAUGUAAUUAAAAACAAGUCAUUGGGCUUCCUGGACGAAGCGUUAGCGAACCCGGAUCGGCCCUGGAUGCUUACCAUUGCCCCAAACGCGCCGCAUUCAAACGGAUCCCAGGAUGCAGUGACGGGGGCGACUUGGUUUGGUGAGCCGGAGUAUGCGCCGCGCCAUGCGCAGCUCUUCAAGGAUUAUAAGAUUCCCCGGGAUGAGAGUUUCAACAAGAUCAUCGAUGGGGCUGUUGGGUGGGUUGCUGACUUGCCGACGCUCACCCAGGAGGAAAUUAACUAUAUCGAUGAGUUUCAGCGGUGUCGGCUGCGGGCGCUGCAGGCCGUUGAUGAGAUGAUUGGGGAGCUCUUUGAGAAGCUUGAUAAAGCAGGCGUUCUUGAUAAUACGUACAUCUUCUUUUCGACGGAUAAUGGGUACCAUAUCGGGCAGCAUGCUAUGCAGCCAGGCAAGAACUGUGGAUAUGAAACGGAUAUCAACAUACCUUUAUUCGUUCGCGGUCCUGGUGUCCCCCAGAACAAAACAAUUCAGGUCGUCACUAGCCACACUGAUCUUGCGCCCACUUUCCUGUCCAUUGCAGGCACGACGAGAGAUGGUCUAGAUGGAAAGAAGAUCCCGACUACCAUCGAUGCUGGGAACGCAGAUAAUAAAUCGGAGCAUGUAGCGAUUGAAUACUGGGGAAUUGCCGUUCCCGAAGGCAUAUAUGGCUACAAAAGCGACAAUAACAGCCAGCCAGGCAAUAGCUAUAGAAACAACACCUACAAGGGACUUCGCCUUGUCUCGGACGACUAUAGUGUGUACUAUUCAGUCUGGUGCACCAAUGACAAAGAAUUCUACAAUCUAAAGGAUGAUCCCCUUCAAACUACCAACUUGGCUUCUAACAUCAACGCCCAUGAAUCUUACACAAUUGCCAACCGUCACCUUGGCCAGAUCAUUCCCCGUCUUGAUGCGUUGAUGAUGGUUCUGAAAUCCUGCAAUGGAGAUUCCUGCCGCGAGCCAUGGCGUCAGCUGCAUCCGAAGGGCUACGUCAAUAACUUAGCUGAGGCACUGGACUCGGGGUUUGAUGAAUUCUAUGCUAAUCAGCCGAAGGUGUCAUUCUCGGAAUGUAGCCUUGGCUAUCAUAUUUAUGCUGAGGGGCCACAAGAAUUCAAUAUUUAUGGAAGUGAGUCAAACAGGAAGAGAAGUGAUGGAGAGUCUACCCCAGUAAAGCAAUGGGGGUGGUUUGACGGGUGGCUAUAA